AUUGAAAAUAUUUUAUAAGCUUAAGGCGAAAAAAAGUUUUUUAAGAAGAAACAGUCAAAGUGUGUGCUCGUUCCAGAAAUAAUUUUUCUCUUUCUAUUUCCAAUAGAAUAAUUCAAUAGCAAUACUCGUUCUCAUGGUACUAGUCAAGAAAAGGAAUUCAUUUUUGUACAAGAUUUAUGUUAUUUAUUAAAAACUCGUGUGUUUUUCCAAGAAGAAGAACGCACUUUUUUCGAAAAAAAGAACUUUCGUAAUGGUUCAUUCUUCCUUGUUUGACAAACUACUAUCAUCUGCUUAUUAGCGGCCAGCAACUCGCUUCUUUAGCUUUGGUUUCUAGUAUUUUCCUUGGUCGAUCUCUUAAUACGCUCCGGAGCAUAGGGAGAGAAAUGCACGUGUGAGUUUUUCUUAUGAAUACAAGGGUCAUAGUUUUGUUUUCGUUACACAACCAUGCAAUUUAUAUACAAACUAUGUCUCUUUAUCAUUUUGACUCUUUAUUGAUCGAUUCAACCUUGGACCGUGUAUGUUAUAUUACACAAACAAAGGAAAAAGCAUAUCACCUAAUAUGAGCGAGGUUUCUUUUUCUCAUGUGAUGUUCGAGAAAAGCCUCGAAAUGACAGGACAUGCAGAAUGAAUUGGUAUACGAUAAACUGCUACGAGUACGGAAAUAUAGUAUAAAUAGGAGACGAAUCUUACAGUAUUCUUAUUAUUCUUCAUUAUCGCCACAUUUCCAUUUCCAUUUCCAUUAUCAUCGUUCUAUCAUGUCGUCUUUAAUAGUUAUUUUGAUUGUGUUGUUUUAUUCUUUGUCUGGUUUAACUGGUUCAAUUCAUUCGGUUUGUCCAUCAGUAGGUAGUGCUGCUUCAUUUGCAGUGUUGGCUGGCAGCGGGGUAAGUAAUGCUGGUAUCUCAUACGUUUUCGGCAACUUGGCUGUCUAUCCCAGUAUUGCUGUAACGGGUUUUAGUGUUACCGUUGGUAUUGAUGGUUAUCUCAAUGGGACACAGCAACUUGGCACUCCAACUGCAUUAGAAGCAAAACUGAACGUAACAAAUGCUUAUAAUAAGUGCAUGGGCGCUCCAGUGAGCGUAGAUUAUAGUGGUACCGACUUGGGUGGCCUGACAUUAACGAAGGGUGUUUAUAAGUUUGGCGGUGCCGCAGCACUAACUGGCAUUUUGACAUUAAAAGGUAAAGGUGUAUUUAUAUUUCAAAUUGCUAGUGCCUUAACAAUAAACGGAGGUAGCCAAAUUAUUUUAACACGGGGUGCCACUGCGGGAUGUAUAUUCUGGCAGGUCGGCAGUAGUGCAACACUUGGUUUGAACAGUCAAUUUUCCGGUAUUAUACUCGCCUAUACAUCAAUCUCAGUCGCGACCGGUGUCCAUGUGUCCGGAUCCCUCUUUGCACAAAAUGGGGCCGUUACACUCAUCAGCGAUAUAAUCCAUGUACGACCCCGCUGUAUGGCUUGUCAUUAA